GGCAAGAAAAAAGCAGAGUACCAUGAGUUCAUCAUCGGAGGUCACUGAGACUCCGGAGGAACAAGUCCCCGAGCAGCAACUGGAACUGAUUCCACAGGAGGAGGCAAGAGGACCAUGUCUUUCAGGAGGAACAAGUCCCCGAGCAGCAACUGGAACAGAUUCCACAAGAGGAGGCAAGUACACAUUAAUGCUUUCAAUGCUAAUGUUCUGUAUCCAGAACCAUGUCUAUCAGGAGGAACAAGCCCUUGGUGUUGCUAAUAUGGAUUUGGACAUGUCUUUCAAGAGGAACAAGACCUUGAUUGUUGCUAGAUCUCCUUUUAAAGCCUCAACUGAAUUUUGUGAGCAGCUUUCUCCGGAUGAACUAGUCCCCGAGCAGCAACUGCAACAAACUCCACAAGAGGAACAUGUUCAGGAGGAACAAGCCCCUGUUGUUGUUGGCAAUAUGGAUUUUGUCUGCUACGAGGAGGCAAGUCUCUGUGGUUUUUCAAGCAUAAUUACAUAUACCUGGAAUAUUGUUGCUAGAUCUCCUUUUAAAGCCUUACCUGAAUUUGUUGAGCAGAUUUCUCCGGAUGAACAAGUCCCGGAGCAGCAACUGCAACAGAUUCCAGUAGAGGAACAAGCCCUUGGUGUUGCUGAUAUGGUUUUUGGCUGCUACGAGCCCGGGGACUACACUGCCAUGCUUCUUACUAAGCAACUUACCACUAAUCCUAUCACGGCCAUCGAUGAAAACACGAGAGCCAUCACAGUAGACACCAUGUUAGCUUCCGAAAAGGCUAGCAUGUAUCCUAAUGCGAUCCAUUUGGCGGUUCUAGUUUUUGACCAAUAUUUCGCAACACUUCCACUGGACCAAGGACAGGCUGCUGUAGAUCCUCAAACCGCCAUUACUAUGGCACUCUUCAUAGCAGUGAAGUACGAGUACGGUAUUGACAAAUCAACGAGGAUGACAUUUCCUAUUCGGGAUCUAGACAUGGAGAUGCAAAUUCUUAGCAGUUUUAACUACAGGCUAACUACUCCGACGACGAAAACAUUUGUAGAUCUUUAUCUGAGCUUGACCGAUCCGCAUGAUGCUACUUUCAGGUUCCUUUGCUCUUACAUCACAGAGUUGUCACUACUCGACCGAGAGUGCUCUGUGUUUGAUCCGUCUCUCCUGGCGACAGCAUGUGUGUUUUUGGCGGAGUUCGUGCUGCAUCCAGAUGUACUGCCUACUAGGGUUUUUCCUUGGGAGUACUCGGCCGAUGACGUGCGACACGCAGUCAUGUUUCUGCACGCCAUGCUUGUUGGGAGGCGCCAUCAGUUUGGGAGUGUAGCGUCUCUUCCUUGCAGAGACCUGGUUCCAGAGCAGUUCUUUGCUUAGUUUCGGCCAGCUUAUCCCCACCAAUAAUAAAUACCACACACCUAU